UCCUCAAAUAUAAUGUAGUCCAUGAUAAUUGGUUCCCGCCUUCGGAGGAUGUUCCUUGGUGGUGAUGUGUUGUUUAUUUUAUUUUUUUUGUAAUAAUUAAAUACUAAAUGAACACCAAAUUGAAUGCAGAAAGUAAUUAUUUACCCAAGGUGACAAGAGUAUUACCAGAUUGGAUGACGAAACUAAAUACCGUUUCACCUCCAAAAAAUAAAACCAUUGAACAUGAAAGCACUGCCCAGAAUGGCAACCACGUUAAGAGCCCCAGUUGUAAGGAGACAGUCCCUACACGAGGAACCUGCUUGGCCUUGACUAAAGAGCAGGAUGUAGAAGAAGAGAGCUUGCACCGAGCCACGGUCAGCAAUGGAACUGCUGGUCAACCGAAGGCACAUCAGUUGAGUGAAGAUGAGGCGGAAGUGGUGCAGGAAGAGGAAGAACUGAUGCAGGACAAAGAAGUGGUACAGGAGGAGGAAGUGUUAAAGGAGGAGGAGGAGGAGGAAGUGGUGCAGGAGGAGCAGUUGGGAGGAAAACAGCUGCGUGAAGGUGAGGAUGAUGUAGUGGGAGGAACAGCUGAAGAGAAAAGCCCAGAGGAAGCAGGCUGCGCUGGCGAGGGUGAAGUAGCUACUUCGGGGGAGCCACCAGCCGCCUCAUCCCAAAGCAGCAACGAGAGCUGUGUUCAGAAGAUAACGUGGAGAGUGCUGUGUAAUUACGGAGCAAAGUGUUACAGGAAGAAUCCAGACCACAAGAAGGUGUACUGCCAUCCCUGGGAUGCAGACUACGACACAGUGUUCAACAACCUGGCCGUGUGCCCAUACGGAGCGGGCUGCUACCGCAAGAACAAGGCUCACUGGCAGACACACUCCCAUCCACCGACCACACCUCCCGCGCGCACAGCUAAAAGAAAACAGAAGAAGAAACCAGCCCAAACAACUGGAGUCAGUGACUUGGAAGAUGAUUCCGACUCUGUGGAUUCAUUCCUGAAUGAUGCAAGCUCAGACGACUAUCAGCCAACAGACACGGACAGCGAAUCAGAUGUCACAAGUGAUGGUGGCGAAAAGGUUGAUGAGCCAGAUGCAAAAAGAAUGAAGAAGGAAGCAAAGAAGUUCUUGAGGAAGAAAAAAUAGUACAUAAUUACUUUCAAAACUGCAGGCUUCUUUAGAAGUCCUCAAAAUUUUUAAAUACGAUUUUUUAAAGAAUGAUUUGGUAUGUAUAAUUAACUAAUUAUCCAUAUUGGUGGAAAUUACCACACUAAUUACUGCAAAGUGAUGUGCAAUGUAGGUAUUUUUUAAAUGAAUUUAUUAUGUUGUAAAUAUGAAUAUGUAUCCAAAGUUUAAAUAGUUUUAUUAUAAAAAUAAUGUGCCUUGUGCAAAGUUAUUAUGUACAGUAGAACCCUGAUUUAACGAAGUGCUACGGUUACCGAAAAUAUUUACUCUAAAUCGAUGUUUCGUUAAAUCCGAUUUACCGAUUUUCAAUGACCCCCGCACUCAUAAUCGCGUCCCUACGUUUCCAUAUCGUAGACAGGGUCGACGCUGAUAUCUUGUGCUGCCGUGCUAUCUCAGACUUUGUCAACUUUCCAUCUUCAACGUUUUUGAUCUCGCUCGUACGGCCCCCGGUUCGUACGUACACCUCGGUCGUACAUACAGAUUUUCAGAAACCGUGAAAAAUGAGGCAUAAAAUAAAAUGUUUAAAAAUAUAAAAAGUGUAAGAAAUACGUUAAAGUUUAUUAAAAUACAGUCGCAACCUGCAGCGUUUAUAACAAAUACGAGCUACAUACACUUGCGUCACAGUAAAAAACAAAUGGCCGCAAAUUGAUGGAAAUUUACCGUCAAUAGCGCGCCGUACGCGGAGAAAGGUCAUUGUACUCGUUCAGCUGCUGUUACGGCGCGGCGUAGCCGCCUGCUGGCUCUCUUUGUUCGCUGAGCUGUGCAGCACUUAUAAAAAACGUAUUCCAAAAACUAAACACCGGGCACAAAGCUCUUACUGAGAAUAAUAGAGCUGUAGCAAACUGUAUGUAUUCGGUACUGAGUAACGGGUGCGCCAUCUAGUACCAAGUAACGAAACGUUACACACUGCUGCAUCUCGUUACUCGCAUUUUUCGUAUGUUUUACGUAUGCGCGCGCAUAUUUGAUGAAUUUGCGUUUCAAAGAACAAUGUUUGUCUACACACACAAUUCCUUUAAUAAACAAAGUUUGAGAUUGGAACAGAAACAACGUAAUGAAGUAUUGUUUAAAAAUUAGAAAUAUGUAUGUUUUUGUUUUUACUAUCGCGUAAUUUCACGUUUUUUUGUUCUUAUCUUAAAAGAGAUACCUAAUGUAAAAAAGCUGCUCUAAUGAGAUUUAAUUGUUUUUGGUUAACAAAAACUGUUAAUUAUCAAAUAUUGUUAAUUGUUUAUAUUCUAUUUAUUAUUAUUUACGCGACGUCCUACUGUUUGUGUACGCAAUACGACUCGAUUCGUUGCUGCAACAUAACAUAGCAUGUUAUGCUGUAUCAGAAGUAACGAGUAACGUAACGUGAUACGAUAGUAACGAGUACUAAUUGUUAUAGUAAUGAAUACAUACGGGUACACUUUUUUUUUCGUUCCUUUUACACCUCUAUAGAAUAAUGAUAAUGGCGUAUUGGUGCGACGUGGUCACAAGUUGAAAAAACCUGGAGGAUGGGAAAGGGAAUAUUUGGAAACGUGUGAUUAUUGCCUAGCACUGUUAAUAUGCGGGCGUGAUUGGACGAUAACGUGGUGAGUCAAGCUAGGGAUAGAGAAGGGGGAGGGGGAUGCGGACAAAGAAACCCUUCAUGACGUCAUGUGUCGCGGAAAGUCUAUCUGUCCAGGCGCGCGCAAUGACACGCACCUACGUAAUUCAGUUACAGCGCCCGGAGUUUUUAAGCAAUUUGAACAAUUUUUUUUUUAAUUUUUUCGUAUUUGGACAGAUGAUGCAAAGGCACAUAUUAAUAUAUACAGUAGAACCCUGUUAUAACGAAUCUGAAGGGAGUAGUUUAUAUGUUCACUAUAGAGGGGAAACUUUAUAUCUGGGAAAACUUUUAUAUUGGUAAUAAUUACUCAAAAGCAAAAUCUUAACUACACAUAGGCCUAAGCCAAGAAAAGAACGAAUGAAAAUACUCAAAGCAACAGUUUUAUGAGCAAAUGCAGAUAUUAUUUUUAAUGAACUACACAUGUACAAACUUUCUAUUACCUAAUGGUUCUUGUGGACAUCGGCGUAUUAUCCUUUUUUCAGGCAUUUAAUACUCUGUGACGUUUUCGCAGCUUGAGAAAGAAGAUUGUUCAGCUUGUUUAACAUUGUACUUAAUGUGGAUGUUGCAAUUCCCAGUUUCUUUGCUAUUAACACGUGCGGGACAGUGGGGUUGGAGUCUACCUUUUCAAUAAUGUCCAGUUUAUCUCGCACAGAUAAUGCCUUACGUUUUUUACCACGUUUUUCACCCAUUUUAUGUAUGUAUUUUUUUAUGAAGCACCAUUGCAGCUUAAUAACACGAAAUUCUUUUUACUGUCAAAAGUAAAUAAACUAAAAAUAACGAGUCUGACGUAUCAUUUAGUAUCGCAGUUUCUAAAGCUGGAACGAAAUUUUCUCACUUUCUAUGGAGUCCACAGAGUUCUAUCUAGUGGUAGUCUUAUGAACUAUGCUCGAUCAAAAUGUCGGAAAAGUGAACGAUAAAAAUGAGACGUAAAAAUAUUGAAUUUGCUGCUAGAAUGUACCUACGUAUUUGUGUGGCGGUAAUUUAUGAUUAAUUUUGAUAACAUAUUAAAUUUACACGCGUUCGCCCAUUCUUUAACUAUGCAGGGAAAACUAUUUAUUUUCACGAAACUGAUCACCAUUUUUGGCUACACGCAGCCUACCGAGGCCACUCGAAUACGACUUGUUUAUAAUAUGAACAGUGGACAUUCGAGUAGCGUAUUGCGGAGAAAAACUUCAAUAUGAUCCAGAAUAGACAUUUUGUGAAAAAAACUUGUAAUUAUAUGAAAAUAUUUGAGAUAAAUGUGCAUUAUGUCGGCAAAAUUUGUUCGUGGUACACGGGAAAACGUAUCAACAUUCACAAAAGUUGUGCGCUAUAUCCAAUAAAUUAAUACAUAACCUCACAUUAUUUUGCCGGGACUGAGACGGAAAUUCACAAUAAACGGGAAUUCAUUGUAGGCGGGUUCACUAUAAACGGGUUCUACUGUAGUACCUCCAUUCUAUUACUGACACCACAGAGUGUAUUUUUUAAUAAUAUUCCUUUACAAUUUACUUUCAUUUUUUGGAAAUCUAUAUUAUUAUUUUAAUAAAUUGGUGUUUUUUUGAUGGUUCCUGAAAACCUUUAUGUUAAAUCGCUGUUUUCGUUAAAUCCGUGUUCGCAAAAUCGGGGUUCUCCUGUACCUAAUGAGAAAUCAAAUAAGUCUUGCUGUAGAACUGUGUGGGAACUUGCGGACUUGCAAUAUCUCCUAAUAAAUUAGGAGAAAGAUUUGAAGUUGAUUUGUAAUAUUUGUGUAUGCCAGGCAAUUUGAAGAUAAUUAUGAUGAAGUAAAAAUGGGAAUGAUCUGUU